AUGGCGCGACGCAAACGAAGCCCAGCCGAUCUUGAAACGCACCGCCUGAAGAACCGCGAAUGCAUGCGUAAAGCGAGACAACGUAGACGUCAGGAGCUACAGGAGAUGCAAACCACGCUGUCAGUACUCGAGAAACAGUACGCAGAGCUGUCCCAACGCUCAGCCAACAAAGCAAAGAACUCAGAUGCUGAGCUGCCUAAAACGUGUCGAGAUCGAAUGUAUGCCGAAGUGGUUGCGUUAGCUAAGCGACUAGGAGCUGAAAACCUUUACCUGCAGACCAUGCUGAAGCAAAAAAUUACGUGGGAACACCAGUUACAACGCGCGGUGGACUUCGAAAUGAGCGAUAUAUUUACAACAACAACACGUGUCCAGAGCAGCGCAAGACAGUUAAAUCUAGACAUACUAACGGAAGACCAGGCCGAGAAAGAACUUGGAUUCCGUCGCUUGACCGACUGGGACCUUACGCGGAUUAUCUUGGACAAUAAGCGCGACACCCGUCACGUCGAAAAUCUUCUACUCCAGACGGCGGGCAGCACACGUUCCCACCGCAUGCAAGCUUUUGGCUGGGAUAUUAUACAGCGGAUCGAGGGCGGUGUGAUGGAGUUCGUAUUCACGAAGAAAUUUUCAGGGCUUAAUGUCCACGAAAUCUUGCAGACAACGUUAGCGAAUGACUUGGAACUUGAGCUUUUGAGGAAGGUCAGAGGGGAGACACUUCGCCUGCAAGUCAUUCAGCAAAUGGGUCCAAACGCUUUUGUGUUCGUACACGACGUGUCCUCCACAGGCGAUAUUAACAUUUUUCGGUCGGUUGUCGCUCGAUUCCUAAUUGAGGAUACUAGAGAAGUUCCACUCAACACCAGUGGUGUAGUAACUGGUACAGGCUACAUCUUGGGGACUCACAGUGUGGUUACUGACAAAGCGCAGCAUCUGUCCGUAGAAGAAUUGUCUGGAAAGCUCGCAUGGGCCGAUGUAGCUCUAUCCAUCGGAAUAUACGACGUCGUUGACUCGAUAACAGGCGAGACCAACCAAUACGUGCGUUGGGCUGGUCGCCAUGAUUAUUGCAGCGAGGAACACGCUCUGCAGAAUGCAUCUGAUACUCUGCAGUGCAUGCUGCGCUGGGAGAUGUCAGUGAUCGCACCGGCACUUAAUCUGGUCUCGAUUAGCUGCACUUAA